ACUGCGUUUCCCUCGAACCCAUCAAUACAUCACUCUAGUCGAGCAAGCUCCGCCCCUAGCUUAAAGGCGAGUCCGGCAGCAGCAAUCGUGCCCAUGGCAACAGCAUGCGACACGGCCUUGAUGGGCGUCGCGCAGUCUCCUGCCGCAAACACGCCUGGGACCGACGUUUCGUUGAAUGGCUGACGGACCAUGAUGUCGCCACUUGGCUGGAGUUCCAGGCCUAGCUGCUCUGCAAAAGGGCCCCUGGUCUUGGUGCUCGGCUGGUGUGUGAGGAAGCCCUCGGUGAUGGUCUGGCCGCCCUCAAAGGCAAUGGUGAUGAGUCCGGCGCCGGCCUCAUCCCCGCCCCUCGAAAGACCCACAAUCUUGCGAUCGUCAACGCUGACCCGCCCGUCCCGCGCGUCUCUAUCGGUCUCCAGGAGCCUCUUGAGCUCAGCAGCGAGCUCUGCGUUGGCGUUGGUGUACAAUGUGACCUUUUCUGUCAGGCGGCGUGCCAUGCGCGAGAGGUGCAAGGCCAAGGGCGGGCUGCCGCCGUGCGGGCCGACGCAGAGGACGCCGGAAGAGGGGAGGCCCCGGUCUUCGUAGCCGUGGCAGAAGAGGCAGUGGAAUCUAAGUUGCGCAUGCGUGCCGGGUCAGAAGCGCGUCGCCGUCUGGCUUGGGUUGACGUCGGGGCAGCAACACUCACAUUCCCUUUCCCCAGCAUUCUUCAUAGCCCGAUAUAUUCGGGAACUGAUCCUCUGAUCCCUGCGCGAGGACCAGUGCUCUGCUCUGCCAGGAACGCCUCUGCGCGUCGGUCACUUGGAAUCCGCCUUGGCUAAUCUUUUCCACUGAAGCGAUAUCGGCAUUUUCAAACUCGAUUGUCUUGUAUCGGGCGAGAAGAUCAUUCUUGGUCUUAUCACGGAAGGCGCUGGGUGGCUGAUGGUCCCAUCCUGGAAAGUUGUGCAUGUGCUCGGAGCUCGCGUUCCUGAAGCUGUCGUUGCUAAAGACUACAGCGUGAUAGAGUUGACGGGCAAGGCCUGUUGCCGUAGCCAGGCCCGCUGGGCCCGCGCCGAUGAUGAGAACGUCGAAAAGUGGCGUGGUAGACAUUGCGCUAUGUUUUUUGCCGGUGGUUGUUUGUUGGUCCGAGAAAGUUGGCUUGUGGCCGAUUUUAUAGAGUGAGACGCCACUCCGUGCAACUUGCGCCGGUCCGAGUCCAUUAUGCAGUGCGUCUCCGGCAGCCGAGAGGCGGUCCGCAUUACCAAUCGGACCCCGAACCCGACAAUAGGUCAUUUAUUGCACGAACAAUAUAACGAUUGCCUGAGAAACCAUGGUUUUGUUUAUAAUACCAUUAAUGACGCAAACUGGGACAGUCAACAUUCGCACGGCAUGCUAUUCUCAUCUCAUUCAGACAACGCCAUGUCUACCCCAUCUUCUACGGAGGGCGGUCGCAGUUCCCAAGACUCGCUAUGCGAUUUACUUGUCAGGAUUGAAGCUUCUCUGAUCGCCUUUCAUGACCUACUAUCCGACCCAGAGACAGCAUCCUUGCUGUCUCAAUCGCUGCACAGCGACACGGUCCUCCCAGAUAGCAAUUUGCUGCUGAUGUCCCAGCGCAUCGUCGAUCUUCUGGGCCUGAUCGAGCACCAACUGGAGCCUGCGGCUCUGAGGCUGGCCGACUAUUUUCUCGGCUACACAACGACCAAGUGCUUGGUUUCUGCCGUGCAGCUGAAUAUCGCCGAUCAUCUGAGCCACGGGCCUCUGUCUCUCAGCGACUUGGCGGGAAAGGCCCAGGCAGAUCCGCAGAGGCUGGGUCAGAUUCUUCGCCCCCUCUACACCUCCAACAUCUUUGGCUACGAUGCAAAUACCGGCAUGUACUGCAACAACCGUGUAUCCGAGCUGAUCCGGGCUGAUCACCGGACGCAGUGGCGCAACUGGGUGGAGCUUUACGGCAACCAGUUCUACGACAUCGCGGCAGGGAUUCCUCAGUUUCUGGGUCCUGGCCGUGGCACUCGGUCGGCUGCUCAGCAUGUCUUUGACACGGAUGAUAACAUGUUUACAUACUUCCAGUCACGAGGCUGGGUACCGCAGCUACACAAAACGCUCGGGGCGGGCGCCGAAGCCAUGGCCCCGGGGAUAUUGGCCGACUAUCCAUGGCACGAGCUGGCCAACACGACCGUCAUAGAUGUUGGCGGCGGCGGCGGCGCGCUGAUUGCAUCGCUGCUGCGCGGACACCCGACAAUGAAGGGCGGCAUAUAUGACCUACCCAGCGUUAUUGACCACGUCAGGUCGAAGCUCGCGCCCGGCGGCCCGCUGGAGGAUGUCGGCCCCCGGCUCACCUGUCUCGUAGGAGGCGAUUUCCUCAAGGAGGUGCCAGCGUCCUCGGCCUAUACGAUGAAAUGGUGCCUCCACGACUGGAGCGACGCCGACGCCUCGCUGAUCCUCCAGAACAUCCGUGCCGCUAUCCAGCCGGCCGAGUCUGCUGACCACGAGUGCCGGUUGGUGAUUCUCGAGUCGGUGCUCUCGGACCGGAGGAGCGGCCGGCUUUCCGUGUAUGGUGACAUCAACAUGAUGAUGACCGCCAAGGGCCACGAGCGCACCGAGGAGCAAUGGCGGACGCUCGUGACCGGCGCCGGCUGGGUGGUCCACAGCAUUCUUCCGCUACGGAACGCAUGGGUGCAGGCGAUUGAUCUCCGGCCUGGUCCGGCGACCCGGGAUGACGCCGCGGGACCGACCCCGGACGCAGUGGCUGCCGAGAGCGAGGCUGAACAACCGGCCGCAAGUCGGGUCGUGGAGCCUGAGAGCUUGCUCCAGCAUCCUGACCAGGAGGGCGCUCCUACCGCCUCCAACACCAAGGCUAUGGAGGGCGAAACUAAGUUGCCGUCCGCUCACUCCGGCAAUGUUGAGAAAAAGGCCAGUUCGUCUCCGUCAGCUCAAGACACGGGGUGUGAAAAACGACCCCAAAAUAGUAAUUUGCAGGAUUCUGCUACUACCUCCAGCAUUGAGGCUGCCGCCAACACUCAAACGACAGACUUGAAACGGAUAUCUGACAUCUCAACACCACCUGCACCAGUUCGCCAGCCCGAGGUCAUGCACGGGGAUGUCGAAGCAGACGGCCGAGUUGUGCUCUACAUUAUCAAAGCCGAUCAAACAUCCUAUAUCAAUUACAUCAAGCCCCUGAUCCUCGCUCUGGAGCUGCAGGCGCCUCACGUUCUUUCCGUCGUCGACACCAAGGACGAAUGGUACUCGAGCGUGCACCCGCAGCGCAUGGUGCCGGCGCUCAAAGACCGGGACCCCUCGACCGGAGAGGCUUGCAUCGUCUUUGAGUCGACGGCCUGCCUGCAGUAUCUGUGCGAGCGCUUCGACCCCGCCGGCACUUGGUCCGGCCGCACGGCGGCCGAAAAGGGCAGCGUCAUGGCGUGGACGGCGUACCAGACGGCGGCCCUCGGGCCUACCGCCAAGUACUGGCUCUACUUUCUGCGCGGAUACCCAAACCGGCAAAACCCGACGCCGUUGCCCAAGACCAUAGAACAGCUGCACAAGGACACUCUCCGGCAGUGGGACAUCUUGGAGCAGCGGCUCUCGCAGCCUGGGCAGGCCUACAUAGCGCUAAAGGACCGCGCCACGAUCGCCGACCUUUCUUACCUGCCCUUCUCGAUGCCAUACAUGUUUGCGCUCUUCUCCGUCAGGAUCGAGGACUGGCCGCACGUACACAAGUGGUCGCAGGACAUGCUGUCGCGACCGGCGGUGAAGGCGGUCCUGGAAAGGGCGCCUACGCUGGGGCAUGGGGCCGUAGCAUAAGCAUUGGGGAUAGAAAGAGCCCGAACGCGGGUAUACUUUGAUAGGCAUCCAAUUCCUGACCCACUGUCCCUGACUUUUUCCUACGUAAUAUCUGCAAGCUCGCACAUGAGACGUGAAGGUGAGACCGGAGGAGCCAUCCUGCAAAAGCUGUCCACGUGUCAAAUGUUCCCAAUGCGAUUAUCAAUACCCCCCUACAGGCUCGGAACAGCGUCGGCAUUAUUUCCUGCCUGGUCUUAAGCAAUCAAAUUUUGUUGUCGCUCCCGAGAAGCACAGAACGCACAAAUACUAUGGUUGAUGUAGGUGAGUACAGGCUAUUUAGUUGAUUGACCUUUUGGAUUGGCAUUUCUGCUACCUGUCCACUUUCAUAUCUGAUAUCUGCCUAUAAGGAACGGUGCUUUCUACUUUCCCACCGCAUGUUAAACCAUUGUCUCUCCCCACAAUGCGGCUUUUCCACGGCCGUGAUCUCCUUAUUAACUCAAGUACUGACUUUUCAAUUAAAUCUGCAUUAAAAUCACCCCCUGAGAGCGGUGCACUCGGGUCUUGUAAGAGCGAUGAUGUGCACUCCCUGGUUUCGAACCACGACGACAUCGGCUCUCAAGCCUAGGACAGGGUGUCCUCACGCGUCCGAGGUAUGGUCUGUUAGGGUCACGGUAAGUUGCGGAUCUUGUUGCUCUUGAUACCCGAGACGGCUGCACUUUGGAAGUUGGAAGCAACCAUAUUCGCACUUGACUUGGAUGUUUUAGCUUAGGUUUGGACGACGAGUUUGAAAUUCUGCUUUGGGUGUAUUUCGAGUACGGCAUAUUUUAUAAAAUCAUUUAC